AUGGAUCUGGCCUUGGAGGAGCUGCUGGCGAAGCGGGGUGACUUAUUGGGCGGCUGGCUCCGUGGGCUCGGCAUUUGCACUGCUUCUGACGUCUGCUGGUUUUGGGAGGACUUGAAUUCUUGCUUGUGCGAGCUCGAAUCGGUCCCUUCUGUAUCACGUGAUGAUGUGCUUCAUAUGCAGACGGUCUACGAGCCUGUUGUGGAGGCAACGCCAGCUGUCAAGCGCAGCCGAGUCUUGAUUCCCUGGAGAACACAAAGUGCAGCGGCUGAGCCAGCUAUGUGUACAUCAGGGAAAGUCCCUGUUACUGGCGUGGCCCAGCGCAAAUUGCGUGAGCUUUUCCUGCUGAUUUGUCAAUACUUUAUAUCCUUGUCUGACUUGGGCAUCCAGCUUGAUGAUUGGAAUGAUGAGCAGCAGGUGUGUGCGGCUGAGGCACUUGUCAUGAGUGCUGCAUCUCGGUGUAGCCCGUCACACGUUGGGCACGUCGCGGCAUGUUUGCGCCGCUGGAUUGCCUUUGCUACUUCGGAGCAAAUUUCCAUAGGAGACCCCAGCCCGGCACACCUUGCACUUUUCUUGAAGCGCAUUUCACAUGGGGGUCCUACGGCGGCUUGCUCUGUGUAUCACGCUGUCGUGUGGUGCAACAGGCGCCUAGGUGCACGUUUCCCCAUGGAUAGCUUCUUGGUGACGAGUCCUUAUAAGUGUCAUAAUGUAGGCCAUAAAGCCAGGCAGGCACCGGAACUUGAGCCCUGGGAAGUGAUCAACUUGACGGCCGUGGUGGCCGAGCUGACGGGAGCCACUCAGAUUGUGGGCCUUUUCGUCUUGAGUGCAGCCGCGGUGGGCUCUUGGGUCGAGGUACCUGAUGGUGCCUCCAGAUCGGCGCCUAGUGCCACGGACUUUGUGUAUGGUAGCGGUGCCUCCUGGUCAGGCGUCAUCCAAGACUACCACUCUGGAGAGGGGGCUAAGAAGCAUAUUGUGCGUGAGAUUGACCCGGAGGGUCGCUCGGUGCCUUGGCCCAGGGAGUGCGUGCCCAUUUUGACUGAUGUUCCGGAGCAACAGCCUUAUAAAAGACCUUCGUCUCGAGCUAGAGUAUUUGUGCAGCGAUCCGGCCCCUGUGCCGCCUUGAGCUCGGUUACCAUGGACCCGGACAGCAUGACUGUGGAUGAGAUCCGUGAGUGGGUGGUGGGGCUCAGUACCAUAGCCUUGCAGAUGCUGAUCCAUCUCAGCCGCGAGGAGCUCCAGGACAGGGCCCGCAACAAUCCUACGGCUGGGAAUGCUCCUAGCCACCCGGAGCCGGCAUCAUCAUCGACAAUGCGUGCCGCGAAUGUCCCGGGAUACCCACCGCCGCCUUUCCCAACGGCCUCUAGCUCGUCGAUGGGACGCUCUGAGAGGCCUGGGCUGAUUUGUUUCGGCGGGGCGCUGGGCCCUGGGAAUGCCAGGCCAGUGUUCUCGUUCGUCAGAUCCAGCCGUGGGCCUUUGGGUAUAAAGGGGACGGUGCGGGUCCUGUGUGGUGCCUGCUUGCUGCUUGCAUGUAUUCUCCAUGGCUCGUUGACGCUUCACCCAAUGCCUGCUGCGGUCCUGUGGAUCAUGAGGUGUUUGUACUUCCUGUCCUUUGGGCUUGGGAAACCGCGUGCAGCCAUGGCAGCGCUGGCAUCUAAGGUUGAUGUCGAAGCCAAGGAUCGCGGCCUACGGUCUUGCUUGUCAGUAGCCAAUGUGCAGACCGAUUGGCAGAACGCCUUCGUUAAGACGCAUAAGGUGGAGUCUUUGGAGGAUUUUAUCUAUAUCAUCGAUGGCGCCACUUGGGAAGCGAGUCUCCAGGGACCACUUCAGGCCGUGCCGGAACUUAAGGAGUCGAGACUUAUCUUGGCUCGUUUCAAAUCGGCCUAUGUGGCUGGCUUGGAGGCCCUUAAGCAGAUCAAGCAAGUGGGCCUCAGUGUGUCUGAAGACUUGGAGCUGCCGAUUCCAGAAUCACGGUUGUCUCAGAUGCAACGCGAGUGGGAUGCUGCCUACGGUACAGUCAUUGAAGCUCACAUGGAGCCCGCGGAUGCCCUCAAAGGGCGUGUCUGGCGUGAAUUCACGAAGAGGCAGAUUUCUGUGAUAGAGAUUCGCAAGGUGCGCAGCCUCGUCAAGGUGCGCAGCCUCGUCAAUCAGAGCACUCCCGUUCCGACUGAGACGGUGAAACUGCAAGAUUCUUCGAAAGGCUCUGUCAACCUGUCCUUUGCCAGGGAGUCCGAGCAGCCGGUCCGGGACGUUGUAUCGUACUACCUUAAGCUCCGGGUUCUCAUGAAUGCAUGGGCCUUCUGCGGCAACUUCUGGACCAAGGAUGCUGAAGGGAAAGAUGUGAAGUUCAUUUCGCUCUCGGCCUGCCAGGACUACGCUGAUCAGUGUCUCAGGGAUGCCAUGGCCUUCGGGCGAGGAUCGGUGGAUUGGCUACUUCAUUGUGAUUCCUUAACCCGCGGGAAGAUGGCCGCCAAAGUCCGCCGUGGGCAGUUGCCAGGCCAAGCUCUGCAAGAAGCGCUCACUGAAUGUCACCUUGAAUGGAGAUCGCCUGCCAUCGGAGCGCUGAGGGAUGUGGCCACUCCACCCAAGAGACGCAUUGCGGAGAUCGAUGCUGAGACACCCUCCCCUCCACCCAAAGGGGCGAGGCUCCAGACCAUCACGACGCUCAAGGGACGGGACAGUUCCCCCCAGCCUCCAGGGGAGCCCCCAGUGGCGCAGGAGGCGAUUGUCUCCGAGCAUGCAUGUCUUCAGGUUUUGCAGUCUUCUUUUACCCAUUCGGUGCCCAACAGGCGCGGCCGCAUCCUUCAGUCCGCCAGGAAUGCCAAUUAUUAUUGUGUCGGUGCAUUUUGCACUGGAGACUUCUGGGGCUUGACCUCAUAUUGCAAUCAACAGCCACAAGCAGUGCAGUGCGUCAAUCGUCACCUGCGGCAGUUGGCUCCUGAGGCCUCGUGGUACGCCCUGGCCAUUUCUCACUCGGUGUCCACUGGCGUCCAUAGGGACGAGGCCAACGAGGCUGGAACUUGCAACGUAGCAACGACUCUUGGCUCCUUCACGGGUGGUGAAUUAUGGCUGUCGUGUCCCGAGGGCAGUGUCUUGUUGCCGCAUCCCACUGCGGGGACGAUGCUGAGGGGAGCCUUGCAUGAUAUGCAUGGCAAAGCUGUAACCUUCUCUCCAUUCGAGUGGCAUGCUAGCGCGCCUUUCGUGGGCGACCGAUGGGUCGUCACAGGAUACACACCUGCUGGAAGUCCGCAGUGCCCUUCGGGAGUUCGGGAUAGGUCCCUUGUUCAGGGUACGCCUGAUGUCGCGGCCCGUCUGGCAGCCACACGACCUGUGACGUGGCGUGGUGCCGGGGAGCUGCUUCAGGUCAACUGGGGUCUCCAAGAUCCUCGAUCCAUGCAGCCUGCAUUGCUUGCUAAGUUGUUGCAUGAUGUGCGUGAGCAUCCGGUCAUUCAGCGCUACUCGGAAUGGAUGCAAUGCAAGCCCAUCUUGAUGAACGCUGCUGCUUGUGGUUGGCCCCCUGACAACUGGGAGUGGCAACCGACAGAUGAUCUGUACGCGGGCCGGCUUCACUUCAAGGAUCACGUUGGACAUGUGUCGGCAAAGGCAGCUUCUAGGUUCCAGUCCGAUGCUCGUCGCUUCCCACCGGGAGCUUACGAGGAGGGAAGCCUCCUCUGGCGGGGCGAGGAGUGGCGAGUGCCAUCGCCUUCCGAGAGGGCCAUGAUCAUGGGCCUUCCGCUUUCAGCAUCUGCGGCGAUUAGUGAGUCAGUCUGGUGUCAGGUGGAAACAAAGCUUGCCAGCUGUGAUCUUCCCCUGUUACAGGCCUACACUGCCUUUCAGCGCGGGGUGUUUAGGCUAGUCCCCCCUUCCGACGACGCGGGCGAGAUGCCUGAUGAUUGGCUCGCUCGUGAGGGUGUUGAGGUCGUGGAUGCCUUGCUCCGACGGGGACCGCCCAGGAACCACGAAACUAUCCUUGAUGUCACCUCUGAUGAGAUUCAGAAGGGAUUUUGCAGUGAGUUCAUGACACGCCAGGAAGUGGAUUUGAAGUUUGGCCGAGGCCAAUGGCGCCCAUUGGAGCGCUUCGUAAUCCAACAACCCGAUGGGAAACUUCGCGUCAUAGAUAAUGCCCGCAAGACGGGGCACAAUCUACAUACCGUCAUGUGGGAGACUAUCCACACGACAUCAGUAGACUUCAUUCCAUCCUGCACUCGUGACUCCCUUAAAGCUCUGGAUCCGACAGGAGAGGAUGAUCGCCCUCCGCAGCUUGAUUGGUUGGACAUACGGAUCGGCACGGAUGACCUUCCAGACGCAUACCGUGGUCACCCAGUUCAUUCUGAUCAUUUGCGCUUCAGUGUUGUGGCGAUUUGGGUCCAGGGCACAGGUUGGCGCUUCACCAUUCUGUGGGGCCUCGCAUACGGCCUGGAAUCAGCAGUGGUGGCCUUCAAUCGGUUGCCAUCCUUGGGAGUCGCGGCGGCAAGAAGGAUGGCCUCAUCCAUGUGCGCCGCUUACUUUGACGACGAGCUUUCUGUUGAGUUCCUGCGCUAUUUUGAUGUAUCCCAGAGGGGUUUGCACUUGAUCUUCACGCUGUUUGGAUCGCCCCCACAGGCGCGCAAGAGUUUCCCUCCUGCUGCUGAUCGUUGCUAUCUGGGUACAUCCAUUCAUGUCGGCAAUGCCAUCUCUGAAGGUUGCGUCCGUAUCCAGCCGAAACAGUCUGCCCAGACUAAAGUUCGAGAUCGCAUUGACGAGGCACUACGUACUGGGUCUUUAUCCCGCGACGAUGCGGGAAAGCUCCGAGGCGAUACCCAGUGGCUCUUUUCGGCUUGCUCUGGAGUUGCCGCGAGGUACGCGGGACCUGUUCUGCAGAAGUUCCAGUAUGGGGAUGAUCCACUCCUUCAACCGACGGACCGCUUGACUCUGCAAUCGCUUCGGGCUCAGACCUUGUCGGCAGCCCCCCGUGAUAUAUUUUUCUGGGCGCCUUCGCGGCCUUGUACGAUCAUUUACUCUGAUGCUUCCUUCGAAAAGAACAUAUUGCGUCUUGGAUGGGUUAUCUUUGGUGAGCCUCCCCUGAGGCCUCACGCUGGCACGUGUGAUGUCCCGCCUGAAGUCUUGGCGGACUGGAAACCACGUACCCAGCAGAUAUUCCCUGGAGAAGCAUUGUGCCUGUUGGUGCUCCCGCUACUUCACCCAGAUAUCUUGGCAAACUCCGACUGGCUUUGGUUCGUUGACAACCAGGCUGCAGUCAGUGCUGCCAUCCGUGCGGCAAGCACCGAGGAAGACGUCUUCGAAGUCGUCCAUCUUGCGGCCAUUUUGAGGCUUCGCUUGCGAUCCCGGGCGUACUUUGAGUGGAUCGACUCUUCCAGCAAUCCGAGUGACGGAUUGUCUCGAGACGGCUUGUCAGAUGAUUGGACUAUGCGUCAGGACUGGUUCGUCCAGGCCUUCCCGUUUCCGAAAGCGGCUUGGAGACCUAGAAUCCGUGAGCUGUUGCUGCGCACCGAGUGA